UUGCUAGAGAAGAUGGAACAUGAUGACAUUUGUAAUAAAACUCUGAAGAUUACAGACUUUGGUCUGGCUAGAGAGUGGCACAGAACAACCAAAAUGAGUGCAGCAGGGACUUAUGCGUGGAUGGCUCCAGAAGUUAUCAAGUCUUCCAUGUUUUCUAAAGGAAGUGAUAUUUGGAGUUAUGGAGUGUUGCUGUGGGAACUCCUUACAGGAGAAGUUCCUUACCGUGGCAUUGAUGGCCUUGCUGUGGCUUACGGAGUUGCUGUCAAUAAGCUUACUUUGCCCAUUCCAUCCACCUGCCCUGAACCAUUUGCAAAACUAAUGAAAGAAUGCUGGGAGCAGGACCCUCAUAUCCGACCAUCGUUUGCCUUAAUUCUUGAACAGCUUACUGCCAUUGAAGGGGCAGUUAUGACUGAAAUGCCUCAAGAGUCUUUCCAUUCCAUGCAAGAUGAUUGGAAAUUGGAAAUUCAGCAGAUAUUCAAUGAAUUGAGGACCAAGGAAAAAGAGCUUCGAUCACGAGAAGAAGAGUUGACAAGAGCAGCUCUUCAGCAAAAAUCUCACGAAGAAUUACUGAAGCGCCGUGAGCAGCAGUUAGCAGAACGUGAGAUUGAUGUACUGGAGCGUGAGCUGAAUAUCAUGAUAUUCCAGUUAAAUCAAGAGAAACCCAAUGUAAAGAAGAGGAAGGGAAAAUUUAAAAGAAGCCGGUUAAAACUUAAAGAUGGACACAGAAUUAGUUUGCCUUCAGAUUUCCAGCACAAAAUAACAGUGCAGGCAUCCCCCAAUCUGGAUAAGAGGAGGAGUUUAAACAGUAACAGCUCUAGUCCAUCAAGUAGCCCCACAAUAAUUCCUCGUCUUCGAGCUAUACAGUUGAUUCCCAAAACAGAUACACACACAACUAAUGGCCGAAGAAACAGUGUAUAUGUGUACCAGCAAGAUGUAGAUAUCACAAGUGAAUAUGAACUUCCCAGUGGGGUUAUGAAAAAAGUAACUUCAGAUGAAAGCAACAGAACUUGGGGAAGGAGUACAACUUACCACCAAGAAGAGUUUGAAGAUGUGAAAAGAAGUUUUAAAAAGAGAGGUUGUACAUGGGGACCAAGUUCAGUUCAAACAAAGGAUCGUGCAGAUUGUAAGGACAAAGUAAGACCCCUUUCAGAUGGCAGCAACCCUUGGUCAACCCUUUUAAUGAAAAAUCAGAAGGGUGUUCCCUUAGCUUCGCUAUUUGUGGACCAAGGUGUCUGUACUGAUAAGAAACUUCUCCCUGAAGGUUUGGACAGUAAAAGACCAAAGCCAAUUAAGUUGCCGAACCAGGCCUAUAUUAAUCUACCUCUUUGGAAAGAUGAUCAGGGAGAGAAUACAGUAGAACAUGAGAGCUUUGAAGAAGGAACUUCUGCUAGUUCUACAAAUAGUACUCCUCAAAUGACACCUACAAACAGUCUGAGCAGGACACUGCAUAAAAAGAAGACUGAUUCAGUGUUGUAUGGGUGUGCUGUCCUCCUUGCAUCUGUUGCCUUGGGGUUAGAUAUCAGGGAGCUAAACAAAUCACAGGGUCCAGAUGAACUCUUGCCUAAAGAUGAGAAAAAGAAGCGUGAUGGAAUAUUUCAGCGUGCUUCAAAAUUUCGCAGAAGUGCCAGCCCUACAAGACUGCAGUCCAAGAAAGAGGAAACAAAUAUUCCAUCCCUAAAUCCAGCUGCAAAUGCUGUGAAUCUUCUCUCUAUGCCCUCCAUUUCCACAAAAUGCCUACUUCAAUCUGAUAGUGAAGAUGCACUUGUAAGCACUGUGCUUGGUGAUUGUGGUCCCUGUAGUUCCACUGAUGACUUUUCACCUGAGAGUAAGAGAGAACAGAGGAUACAGCUGCCUCCUAACACAGUUUCUACACGGUUGAAAAAUCAGCCUUUUAGUCUUUGUCUGAAACAAGAAUCUCAAAAUGUGCCAAAUGAUUCCUCAACAACUUUAAGUGUGUUGGGUCACCGACGAACCUUAUCAGAUGGGAACAAUUUUCAUACCACAGCUAACGGAUUUGCUUCAACCAAUGAUGUCUCCACAUUACCAGUUCUAUCAGUUACUGGAACUCUGCACUCUCCAUCUGUUCAACAGAGAAGCAAUCACAGUGGUGUUUCAACUGAAAAACAAAGCGCUGUCAAUAUUAUAUCAAGGCCUCGACCUUCUUCUGUAAGAAGUAAAAUUGAUGCAUGGCAGAUUAUUCCACGUAUUAUUAAACCAAACUCUAAAGACUCGGAAUAUUUAGAGAGCAAUGUAGAUCCAGAUGUUAACUUCUUGCCAGAUACUGAGGGAAGAACUAACUGCCACAUGCCCUCAUUACUUGAUAUUGAUGUGGAAGGUCAAAACAGAGACUGUACUGUGCCUUUAUGUAGAAUGAAGAGCAAAACUUGUCGGCCAUCUAUAUAUGAACUGGAGAGAGAGUUUCUGUCGUGAGUGCCUUUCAUUUUAAAAAGAUUUGCUUUUUGAAGGGGAACAAAUAUAAAAAUCUUGU